UCAUAUCCAUUUUUGUGAAUGAAUGAAAUGGCAUCAGAUUUAUUUCUAAAUUUAUCCUUUUUUUUCUCAGAAAAAUAAAUUUUGUCAUUACCACCUUUAUAAAACAAAAAUGAAAAAAAAAAAAAAUGAUGAUGAUUAUAAUCAACAACAUCAUCUUCCUACACAUGUUCGAUGAUCUUAUGAAAUGGUUUGCGAUCAUUUGCUAAUCAUACCACAAUUUCCAAAUGAUGAUUAUAUCCUCGUUGUUUUUUUGUUGGUGUCAAACAAACAAACAAACAAAAAAAGUCAUGUUCCGGAUAUGUUUUCGAAACAAUUAUUUUUUUUCAAUGAAAUUUUAAAUUUUUUUUUGAUUUGAUUUGUGCUACAAUUGUCCAUCCAAUAUGUCUUCAUUGAAUCAACGAAUUUAUCCAACGCCAUCGCCAUCAUUAUCAUCAUCAUCAUGGUCAUCAACAUUACCAAAUCGGAAACGACAAACAAAUGAUGUGGCAACAUCAGCAACAGCAGCGGCAAUUGUUCGCCGUCGUAACAGUAUAGAAUCCUAUGACCGUAAUCAUCAUCAUCAUCAACGUCCACAACAGCCACAACCACAACAACAUCGUCUAGUUGUUUAUACGAAUCCACAGAAAUAUUAUUCCAUACGUAUUGAUCAACCACAUUUACAGGCGAUACAUAUUUUACCUGAAAAUUAUCAAUUUUGUUCAUUAGGACAAAAAUUUCGUCAUCCAAAUAUCAAUGGUACAGAAAUAUUUGGUACAUGUUCAGCUAAAGUUCAUUUUGGUAAAUGUACAGAUUUUGAUGUUUUUGUUGAACAACAACAACCACAAGAACCACAACAAAUAGACGAUUACGACGAUACAGCAACAAUAAGUGAUUGUAAAAAUUUUAUUUAUUAUAAAAUUAAAACGCCUACUACAAAAACGGCAACACCUACCACCAUAGAUAUUGGUAGUAGAGGUGUUGGUGGUGGUCAUCGAUCCACCACUACGGCUACUACUGGUACUACUAUUGCCAAAAAAACAUCAUCAACACCAAUGAUUAAUCGAUCCAUAUCACCAAACGAUGAUCAUUUAUCAUCAUCAUCAUCAUCAUCAUCAUCAUCGUCCACAUCUUCAACAUCAAUUUUAUCAAAAAUUGAAAGUUAUCGUAAUAAUCUUGAUGCUGCAAUUGAAUUAUUAACAACCGAAUUGAAUAAUCAAAAUCAACCGGAUGAACUUGAACAUUUAAUUCGGAAUUUUGUACGUGAAGAUCGACGACAAAGACAAGUUGAUGAUAAUGGUAAUUCAUCGGUCAAAAAUCAUCUUAACUUGAGACAACAACGUUCUAUUUCGUCAACGAAACCAACAAUAACAACAACAUCUGAUACAGAUGAAUUGGAAAAAUUGGCAUUAGCUUUAGUGGCUGAAUCUAGUCAUCAUAAUAAUAAUGAUAAUAAUGCUAAUCCAUUAUCACCAUCAAUUGAUUAUCCAUCAAAUGGACGAAAAAUUUUAUUAAAAAAAUCACAAGCUGAUUUAUUACGACAACAACAACAGAAUGGUAACCUAAAUUAUUCUGAAUCAAAUCGAUCAUCAUCACCAACACCAUAUCUAAGUACAAAUCGUGAUGGUGUUGUACAAUCACGAUUAUUACGUUUUUCGAAUAAUCAAAAUCCACAACCGUCAUCGAAUACAUUAUCAUCAUCAUUGAAAUCUGAUGAAUUAUUACAACGGAAACGAUGUUUAUCACCGACAUCGAUACAGAAUAAUAAUGGUAAUGAAAAUCCUGAUCAUCAUCGUCAUCAAAUUGUAUUUGGCAUUAGUCCUAAAUCAAGUUCACUUGCAAGAUAUAAAAAUCUUAUCGAAUCACGAAGUGAAACAUCAUCACCAAUACAAUUGAAUUUUGCUACCGGAAUCGAUUUACAUAAUUUAAAUAUUGAAUUAGAAAAUCGACCACAUGAUAAUGAUCUAACUCGUAAUACCAUAUCAUCCGGAUCAUCAUCAUCGAAUAUAAAAUCAAACAAUCAUUAUACAACAUUGACAUCGAAUAGAAAACAAAAUUCUCUAGAUGAUACAAUGAUGGCAACGGCUAUGAUGAUGUCGACGACAAACGAUACAUCAUUGGAUACGAGCCAUUUUAUUGGCAAGAAUCGUGAUAGUAGUAGUAGUGGUGGUGGUGGUGGUAAAAUUCAUGCAAAAAUAUUGGAAAAUAUUCAUGGAAAUUAUUCAACAAGGAGGAAUAUGGAGGAAUAUCACGACAACAUUGGUACCGAUGUUAUUGACACAAGCAAAGAAAAAUCUUCUUCAACUUCUUCUUCUUCUUCUUCAAUUACCACCGACAAAUCUUCUAAAUCUUCUUAUUUAUCAUCAUUAUCGUAUAAUGUCGGCAACAGUAGUGGUGGCAGUAAUGGUAUUAACAGUAGUGGUGGCGGUGGUAUAAUAACAGCAAAAUCUAGACAAUUUCACCAUAAUCCACAACAACAACCAUCAUCAUCAUUAGUUGUUGUUGAUUCAUCUAAAACAUCGGAUCCAUUGUUAGAUUUUGUGGCAAGAAAUCAAGAGUUUAAUAAUAAUAAUCGGCAUCAUCUUGGUACAUCCUCAUCAUCAUCAUCAUCAUAUCAUUCCCCUUUGAAUGUAAUAAAUGAAGAUCAUUAUCGAAAGAAUACGAAUGAUGACAGCGACAAUAGCAACAACAACAACAACAACAAGAAUAAUGAAUCAUCAAAUCUACUAACAUCAAAUACAAUUGAUUUAUUUAUAAAAGAAAAUGAAAAAUUUUUUCAGAGUGGUGGUCAUCGUUUAUCAAGAAGUUUAGGUUUAAUUGAAAACGAAAAAGAUUCAGAAUCAUCUCUAUCGUCAUUUGAUCAUUAUUUGAAUGACGAAAUGAAAUAUUUACAAACUGAAAAUUCAAAAAUGUCAUCAUCAUCAUCAUCAACAACAACAACAACAACAACAACAUCGACGACAAAAUCAUCAUUAACUGAUGAUGAAAAAGCAUUAUUACAUGAAACACUUAAAGUUGGCCAAUUAUAUAGUGCAUCAUCAUCGUCAUCAUCAUCAUCACAAUCAUCAACAGGUUCCGGUUCAGAUAGUUCAUCUGAUAAUGAGAAAAAUUCACAAUCAUCAUCAUCCAUACAACAACAACAACAGAAAAAACGUAUAAUAUUUGUAUCGAAACCAGCACCAAAACCUGAACCAAAACCAGAACCAAAAUAUGUAAAUGGAAAAAUGGUAUUUGGACAGGUACAUGUCCAACAGCGGCAUCAACAUCAUGGCCUACAAAAAGGUUCGGUAGCUGAACGUGUUAUGUUAUUUGAAAAAUGUCCAGAAAAAACAUCCGUAACGAAACAUAAACUGACUGAAUUACAACGUAAUCGUAUAACAAGUCCAAAUAAGAUUGGUAAUUGGAUGAAAUUUACGGAAACACAAGCUGUGUUACCACAGAAUGAUACAACGAAAAUUGGUAGAAAUCUGAAAAUAGCUGAUGAUUUGAAUAAUGUUGUUGGCGGGGAAGAUUCUGGCAACAACAACAAUCUUCAACCUGUCUCAUCAACAUCAACAACAACAACAUCAGCAUCUUCUGUAAAAUCUUUGACAAAAAAUAAAAUUCAUCAUAAAGAAGAUGAGCCAAAAUCUCCGCAAACUAUCGCAUCGAUACCAACAUUUAGACGUUUUUCACGUACAAAUUCUGGCAUAUUGCCCGGACAAUUGCCUCGUUUCUAUUAUCCACUUGGACGGCCAUAUUCAUCCAAUGAAGUUGAAAGUCAAAUUAAACGUAUCGUAUCAAUUUUUGAUCGUUUUCCAAAUCGUAAUGUUACGGUCAAAGAAUUCGGUAAUGUAUUGAAAUUAUGUGGUAUACCUGUUUAUUGGAAAGAGCCAUUAUUUCGUUCAAUAUUGGCUGAUGCGAAAAAUAGUUCCAUGGCCAAUGGUAGUUGUGGUGGUAGUAAUAAUAGUAUUAUUCGUCGAUCAAAUUCAAUCGAUCAUUCAUCAAAUAAUGGCAAAAAUGGUAUCAUAGCCAAUGGAACCACAAUGUCAAAUGGCAGCAGUAGUAGUAAAAAAGAAUACAUUACUUGUGAUCAAUUUACAAAUUAUUGGAAAAAAUUAAUUUCAAUAUGUUACGAUGAUUCUAGUCGUUUCAUAAAAAUCAUGACGCAAGGACGAAGAAAUUUUAUAAUUCCUGAAGAUUUUGAACCACUCAUACAGGAUGUAAUUGAUACACAUCCAGGAUUAUUAUUCCUAAAAGAAGCGGAAGAAUUUCAUUCACGUUAUGUGCAUACGGUAAUUGCAAGGAUUUAUUAUUGUGUAGAUAAAACAUGGUCCGGUACGAUAACAUUACCUGAAUUGAAAAAAUCCAAUCUUUUAAGGGUGAUUCAUCUGCUGGAAGAAGAAGAUGAUAUUAAUCAGAUAACUGAAUAUUUUUCCUAUGAACAUUUUUAUGUGAUAUAUUGUAAAUUCUGGGAACUAGAUCAGGAUCAUGAUCUAUUCAUCAGUAAAUAUGAUCUUUCUAGACAUAAUGAUUCUGCCAUCUCUUCACGAAUGAUUGAUAGAAUAUUUAGUGGUGCUGUCACACGAACCACAACAACAUCUCGUGGUUCACGUAAUAAUAAUCAAAUGUCAUAUACGGAAUUUGUAUGGUUUCUAUUGGCCGAUGAAGAUAAACGUCAUCCAAGAGCGAUUGAAUAUUGGUUCCGUUGUAUGGAUUUGGAUGGUGAUGGUUGUCUUUCAUUUUAUGAAUUAGAAUAUUUUUAUAAUGAACAAGUUAAACGUAUGGAAUCUGCCGGUAUCGAAGCAUUACCAUUUACGGAUUGUCUUUGUCAGAUGAUUGAUUUAAUUAGCCCGAAAGAUCCAUCACGAAUAAUGUUAUCGGAUCUGAAAAAAUGUCGAUUAACACCAAUAUUUUUUGAUACAUUCUUUAAUCUGGAAAAAUAUCUUGAUCAUGAACAACGUGAUCCAUUCGCAUCACAACGUGAUGAAGAUGGUGUCUCAAUGUCCGAUUGGGAUCGUUAUGCUGCUGAAGAAUAUGAAUUAUUAGUGGCCGAAGAAAGUGCACAAAAUCAUAAUUAUUAUCGUGCAAAAGCUUUGAUCCACAAUAAUUUCAUCCAAUAUCAUCAAGAACCACAUGUUGAUUAUAUUAAUCAUGAUGAUGAUGCUGAUGACGAAGAAGAUAAUCGUGAAUCUGAUGAAUUUGUUGAUGCUGGUGAUGGAGAUGAUGAAGAUGAUGUAUUCGAAUCGAAUGAAUCGGAAGAAGAUUUUAGUACGACUAGUGGUGAUGAUGAUGUUGAUAUGGCUAAUGAUGGUCGUGUAUAUUUAGUUAUCGAGCCGACAAUAAAUCGUUUGAAUCGAAACUUGGACAACAAAUUCUCUGAUAAUCAUAAAUCAGAUGAAUCUAUCAAAAUUGAUACGAAUAACAACUGUACGAUUGAUGAAGAAACCACCUCUGUUGUCGAUAAAAAUGAUGAUGAUUUCGUCGGAAAUCUAGGUAAAGAAUUCUAUGAAUAUAUACAAAAUGAAUUUGAAACUGACCACUGUUCAUCACGUGCCAUUCAUUUUGAUCAACGAUCUAUCAACAAUCACAAUCAUAAUCGACCAACGAUGAUUGUCAAACCAAUCAAAUUGGUAAAAUUAGAUCCAAUCAAUAGCCAUGAUAUUGUUCAACGACAUUCGAUCCAUGAACAACAAAUGAAAACUGCAGAGAUUUUAAAAAUCACUAAUGAUAAUGAUGAUUUUUUCUAAUGAUUCUAUAUUCUAUAAUUUUAUAAUUUUUG